GAUGGAUAAUUCUCCACAUUGCCAUCACAUACAAAGAUAAAGUGAGUGACAGCAACAAUGGAAGUGACUUUGUUCCAUGUGGUCCUUUCCCUUCCCAUUGUUGUGCUUGCCCUCAACUUCUUGUUCAAUAAGCUUUCAAGAGCCGAGAACCUUCCUCCCAGCCUGCCUUCUCUCCCCAUCAUAGGCCACCUCCACUACCUCAAACACCCCCUCCAUCGAACCCUCCGCGACCUCGCCGAGAAGCAUGGCCCCGUGUUCUUCCUCCGAUUCGGCUCCCAGCCGACGGUCAUCGUGUCGUCCCUCGAGGCAGCCGAGGAGUGCUUCACCAAGAACGACAUCAUCCUGGCGAACCGCCCGAGAAGGAGUGCCGGGAAGUACUUCGGGUACAACUAUACCACAAUCUCGGCGUCCCCAUAUGGCGACCACUGGAGGAACCUGCGCCGGGUCAGCACCAUCGAGAUCUUCUCGGCCCACCGCCUCAAUGUCCUGGCGGAGAUCCGGAGGGACGAGAUCAGGAGGCUGCUCCAUAAGUUGUCCGCGGGUUCCCUCGAGGGAUUCACCCGGGUGGAGCUCAAGUCCAAGCUAACCGACCUGACGUUCAAUAUCAUGAUGAGGAUGGUGGCAGGGAAGCGAUAUUUCCAGGACGAAGUCGAAGAUGAGGAAUCGAUGGAGUUCAAGUAUCUCAUCAAAGAAGUAGUAAAGCUCGGCGGGACAGCAAACCCGGGCGAGUUCGUGCCCGUCCUAAGGUGGAUGGGUUUUUAUCGGAAGUUUUACAAGAAUAUGAUCGAGAUCUUUAGGAGGACAGAUGCGUUCAUGCAGGGCUUGAUAGAUGAGCACCGGCGGAAGAAAAUCGAUGGCUCGGAGAUCAAGAACACUAUGCUCGAUCAUCUUCUUUACUUGCAAGAAUCGGAGCCAGAGUACUACACGGAUGAAAUCAUCAAAGGGCUCAUAAUGGUGAUGUUGCUAGCAGGGACCGACACUUCAUCGGUUACAAUGGAAUGGGCAUUGUCCUAUUUGGUGAAUAAUCCACAUGUGCUGGACAAGGCAAAGAACGAGAUCGAUGCACAUGUUGUUCAGGAUCGCCUGAUCGACGAACCGGAUAUCUCGAAGCUGCAGUACCUCCAGAACAUCAUCUCUGAGACCCUCCGACUGAAGCCGGCUGCCCCGCUCUUAGUACCCCACUAUGCGUCCGAGGACUGCCAGAUAGGAGGGUAUCACGUGCCUCGCAAGUCAAUGGUAAUCGUCAACGCCUGGGCCAUCCACAGGGACCCUAAGCUGUGGGACGACCCCACGAGUUUCAGGCCAGAGAGGUUCGAGGGCGGACCAGAAGCGGGCAAGAAAGAAGCCCACAAGCUGAUACUGCCGUUCGGGCUGGGGAGGAGGGCUUGCCCUGGUGCACCUCUCGCUCAUCGUGUGAUGGGCCUGACCCUGGGAUCGUUGAUUCAGUGCUUCGACUGGAAAAGGGUGAGUGAGGAGCCAGUCGACUUGACUGAAGGCAGAGCGGUCACCAUGCCUAAGUUGGUGCCGCUGGAAGUAUUGUGCAAAGCUCGCCCGGUCAUGCGCAAGGUGCUCUCCGAAGAAUCGUAGACUAUUAAGGGUCAAUAAGCUCGAGACUUUCGGGCGUACUUAUGCGACCAUGAAGGAUCAUGUUUUUAUUAGUUGGGUGACUGUGAGUAUCUUGGAAAGCAUAUAUAUAAUUAGAUAUAUAUGUAUAUGUAUAUAUAAAUUGUCAUGACCGUUAUCAUCAAAAAUAUAAAAUAGAGUUUUCUCGUGA